AUGUGUCUGGGUGUGCUCCACGCCAUUUCGUACAUGUGCUACACACCCGGUCCUAGUGACGUCUUCACGAGAGGAGAAAUGUCGAAACGCAACAAAGCGCUCGGUGUUAGCUGUGGACUAGAGCGUGGAGUGUACGGAGAGCAGGCCAGCUUAUGGGACGAAAGUUUUCUGACCCGGCGCGGCCCCAAGCUGGCCGCCGACCCCGUAAUUGCUUUGAGAUCACCAAGCCAUGAAAAUGACAGGCUUUGGACAGGACUAUCGCAGUCCUACACUUUCACUGCAAUAUUUACACCAACGGACGCGGUUCAAUGUCAGACGCUUGAGUUGAUCAGGGACGUCGACACCGACGCCGACGCCACGGUCUUACUGAGGGCCAAUGAUAGCAUUACUCAGCCCACCCUCGUCUUCACUGCAAAUAAAACCGCCCUGAAAGCCGUGACAUCCAAAUCGCUCGGGUUGUAUCCCGCCUCGGCCGACUCUGCCCGCGAUCUGUCAUUUGACACGGCGUGGAAAGCACGGCAGAUGGAAUCAUACAACAAUAAUGUCAAUGUCCUAUCACGUCUAGAACGAACGACAUAG